CACACCGUGCAGUCCACCUCACCGCGCAGCCCGGGCCAAGCGGCCGCAGGCGGCCGGGCGCACCGCACACCUCACUACCUCAGGAGCCACGGCGCAGCAGCGUCCACUACCAUCCGUCGCGACCUCGCCACGUCUCGCCCAUGCACGGACGCAAUGCCACCGCCCCCCACGUCGCGCGCCCGCAACACCCCAAAAGCCCAGGCCCAGCUGCUUAUCAAGCAGCCCGAGCGCUCCGCCACUCCGCAGACCGGGACCGGCCGGGGGAGCAGCGAAGAUUGUGACUAGCCAGCUAGAUUGGGGGGCAUGGCGGCGGGGGCGACUGCUCGGUGGCUCGUUCUGCUUCUGGUCGCCGUCUCGGCGGCGUCGGCGGCGGCGGACGGGAAGCAUGAAAGACGGAGGGGGAUGAGCGGCGCGGUCGUCGGCGGCCAGGUGGUGGAGAAGGAGAGGCGGAGGGUGGUGGCGGACUCCGAGGCCGGGACGGUGACGGCCGUGGACGUGGCCGACGCGGCGGGCGCGGCGUACCGGCUGCACUUCAUCGCCAUGGAUCCCGGCGCGCUGUUCCUGCCCGUGCAGCUGCACGCCGACAUGGUGUUCUACGUUCACAGCGGACGGGGCAAGGUGACUUACCUAGAAGAAGACAGCGGUGAAAAGAGUUCCCUGGAGGUUGAGCGUGGGGACGUCUACAACUUGGAGCAGGGCAGCAUCCUGUACAUCCAGAGCUACCCCAACGCCACCAGACAGCGUCUCCGGAUCUACGCCAUCUUCACCAGCGACGGCAUCAACGGCGAGGGCCCCUCGAAGCCAAAGGUUGAAGCUUAUUCCAGCGUCAGUAAUCUGCUCAAAGGGUUCGAAACGGAAGUUCUUCGUCGAGGUUUUGGGGUCCAACGGGAGGUGGCAGAAGCGAUCAAAUCGGCCAAGACCCCGCCACCGAUCAUACCCUACAACCCACAGGAGAAGGGGGACAAGGACAAGCCCAACUGGACUGAGGACAUCGUCGACGCUCUGUUGGGGAUACGAGACCCGGAGGAGUUCCUGAACAAGAAGAAGAAGGACAAGCACAAGGGCAAGAGCAAGGACAAGAAGUCCAAGAGCAAGGCGUUCAACUUCUACUCCGGCAAGCCCGACGUCCACAACUGCUACGGGUGGAGCCGGACGAUGACCAACAAGGACCUCGACGCCCUGCACGGCUCCGACAUUGGCAUGUUCAUGGUCAACCUGACCACGGGUUCGAUGGUGGGGCCUCACUGGAACCCGAAGGCGACGGAGAUCGCCAUCGUGACGGACGGUUCCGGGAUCGUGCAGACGGUGUGCCCGAGCAGCAGCCCGCCGUCGGGCGAGAGCAGGAGAGGCCACCGCGGCGACAAGCGCGGCGACGAGGGAGGCGAAGGCGGCGGCGGGGCGCGGUGCAGGAGCUCGGUGUUCCGGGUGAAGGAAGGCGACGUGUUCGUGGUGCCGCGGUUCCACCCGAUGGCGCACAUGUCGUUCAACAACGACUCGUUCGUGUUCGUGGGGUUCAGCACCCACAUGGGCGAGAACCACCCGCAGUUCCUGGCCGGGAAGGGGUCGGUGCUGCAGGCCAUCGGCAAGGAGGUGCUGGCCCUGUCGCUGGGGCAGCCCAACUCGACGGCCGUGGAGAAGCUGCUGUCGGCGCAGCGGGACUCGACGAUCCUGUCGUGCACCUCGUGCGCCGAGGACCUGGAGGAGAAGGCCGCGGAGGAGGAGAAGAGACGCCGGGAGGAGGAAGAGAGGAGAGAGCAGGAGGAAAGGGAGAGGAGGGAGCGCGAGGAGGAAGAACGGAGGAGAGAGCAGGAGGAAAGGGAGAGGAAGGAGAGAGAGGAGGAAGAACGGAGGAGAGAGCAAGAGGAGCGGGAGAGGAAGGAGGAAGAGGAGCGGCAGAGGAGAAAGGAAGAAGAGAGGGCAAGGAAAGAGCAAGAGAAGCAGCAGAGGAGGGAGGAGGAAGAGCGUGCAAGGAGAGAGGAGGAAGAAAGGCAGCGGGAGGAGGAAGAAAGGGCAAGGGAAGAGGAAGAACGGAGGAGGGAGGAGGGUGGCGGUGGACGUGGCGACGAGCCAGAGAGGGAAGAGGAAGAAGAGGGAGGCGACGUGCGGCCGUAUCGCUUGUCCAAGGAACUGAAGAACCGCUACCGCGUUGGCACGUUCAGGAGUGGCUGAGCAAUGUUCUAGCCCUUGUCACGUACAAAUAAAAGGGCCCCUCGCUCGUAGAGGGCCGACCAGUCGACCUGUGUAGCUUGCUGUAUAUGUUCACUGCGUUUUUGUUUAGCGGCAUGAUCCCGCAUGUAUGAACGGCACCGUAAAUAAGCAAAUAAGCCUCUCUUUGGGUU